AUGUCUCUACUACAGCUUCGUUACAUAAAAGAAGACCCUGAGACCAGUACAAACCGGGAGGUACGGAAUCCAUGUAAGGAAGGCGCAGCGUCAGAAGGCCGGAAGCGAGUACCUAAACGGGGAGAACAGCAAGGAUUCAAUAACAGAGGAGCAGAGGUGAAACAAGACAAAACUGAGUGGAGACCAUCUUUCAGGGAACAUCAUUCCUAUGAAGCAGGAGGACAAGCAGAAUUCACAGUGGAAAGUCUUCUUUUUAGACCAGUUGAAAGAUUAGAUUGUGAAAAGCCAGUAAGAGGUCGUGGCGGAGGAAGAGGUGGAAUGCGAGGUAGAGGAAGAGGUGGUGGAAUCAACAGAAGUUUCAGUGGCUUUGAUCAAAGUGGAAAACGGGGAUUUGAAAGACAAAGUGGAAAUGAUAAAAUUGGGAUGGAACAGACUGCUCCUAUGGAAGAGACUACACAAACAGUUGAGCAGCCAGGGGCAUCUGAAGGAGACCCUCUGAACAAAGUUGCUGAAGGAGAGCCAAUGGAAGAAGUAGUUCAAGAAAUGACGUUAGAUGAGUGGAAAAAUCUUCAGCAACAGAAUCGACCAAAGCCUGAAUUCAACAUCCGGAAGCCAGAAUCCACUGUUCCUUCCAAAGCAGUGGUGAUUCACAAGUCAAAAUAUAGCGAUGAUUUGCAAAAAGAAGAAUUUGAAGAUGAUUCUCACAUCUGUCGAAGACCAGUGAAUGACAUAACAUCUCAGCUGGAUAUUAAUUUUGGGAGUCUUCCUCGCCCUGGUGGUGGAUCAAGAGGAGCACGAGGUGGUCGUGGUCGUGGUCGUGGCAAACAAGUUGAGGAGACAGGACCUCGACCAGAAGUAUUGGUGCAGCUUGUUGCUCCAAAUCCUGAUGAUCCUGAGGAUUUUCCAGCUUUGGCUUGAGGAACAGUCAUGAAUGGUGUUACCUCAAAGUAGCCUUGGUGUAGCUGUGAAGAGACCAGUUUUAUGCUGGUGUGG